AUGCUGGGUAUCAGAGUCAUCCAGGAUCCUGAUGACCUCAGGAAGGCCUCCUUCUGCGGGACGCUCAACCACGUAGUCGAGACGACCUAUCUGCAGGUGCAGGUGAGCAGAUCAGCUGUCAGUGGUGAUUUUAAGUCAGCAGAUCUGAAGUGUGAGAGCAGUUGUCCUCUGCCUGAUAAUCUCUCCUACAUCUGGUACAAGAAUGAACAGAUCAUCACAGGACAAACAUCUAAUCUUCUUCUAAACUACCUGGAUCCUACAAACAGGAUUUCCUGUGCUGUCAGAGGAUAUGAGAACUUCCACUCUCCUUCAGUGGUGGUGAAGGAUGUCUGGGAUGUGACUUACACUUCUACUCAGGUCUGUGCCUUCAAAGGAGCAACAGCAGAAAUACGCUGCACCUUCAGAUACCCAUCGACUAUAAAUGGAAUAAAUACAGAAGUUGUCAAAAAAUUCUGGUUCAUCAGAGACAAAAAUAAUGAACCUGUGGACCUGAAAACAGAGUCAGAGUACAAAAAUCAUGUUGAGUAUCAGUGUAAAAACAACAACUGCACUCUGAGAAUCACAGACCUGACAGAGAGCGACUCAGCUGAGUACAAGUUCAGAUUCAUAACAAACGAUCCAAGAGGGAAAUAUUCUGGUGUACCUGGAGUCACUUUGACUGUCACAGAUAAAAUAAUUUUCAGUGGAAGUAACUUUAAACAUUUAUAAGCUUUGCAGCUGUCUGUAUGUUGAGAGUUUGUUUUAAUAUAAUAUCUGUUGUUUGCUCCCAGGUCCACAGCUCCAGGUACAUGUGAGGAGAUCAACAGUAAACUCUUAUUCUAACUGGACAGAGCUGACAUGUCACAACA